UUAUGCAGUGGUACCGCGAGAAUAUAAAAUUUCAGUCGGUCGCUGAACAUCGAUUCAUUCAGUACUGGUAGCUAACCAGCUAGCUCAAGACCACAAGAAAUACAUAUAGCUGUGGACAGCUGUGUGAAAUAGUUUACAUAUUUCAGUUGGACCAGUGCAAUUGAUCCGCAAAGAAACACUUUUCUUCGAAAUCGUUCGGGUGGUGCAGAUAAAUUGCAUAAAAAAACGUGAUCUAUUUUUAACAAUAAAUAAUAUUGCCAUUAUAUAUAUCAAUCUUCUGAAUAAUUAAUAUUCACAUAGCCUGUAUAAAUUGAGAACAAAAAAUAAAACAAAUACAACGAAUGAUUGAUUUUACUUUGGAAUUGUGUAUUUCAAAAAAUCAAAUAACCGAUUCAAGUUCGUCCAACUGUCGAUUUUUACGAAACAAUUCAGAGCAAAAGAAGUGUCGAUUUAAAGAAGAAUAAGAAAAAAAUGUUCCAUUCAAAAUUGUCAACGAUGCGAAUGGGAGCGACGGCUGUCAUCAGCUCAGCUAAUCGAUUGCACUUUGCCAUUGAUGCACAUGCCAAUGGAUCGACAUCAACUGCAUCGCACUACCCUUGUCGAGUGCAGCAUGUAUUGUGUACUGCACCGAAUAUCACGGUGCAAAAUACACGAAACUAUUCUGUCAUGACGAAGAAAUAUACUACCAUUGAACGCAGUUAUUUGGCAGCAUUUUCACAGCUUCGCUCAAUUAGCACUCAUGAAAUUACAAAACACAUGCGUUUGUUGAGCGAACAAAAGCGAUGCAUUGAAAAGGAUGAAACCACACUAAGAUUAAAAACUGAACUCGAUAAACCGUUGGUCGUUUUAUUUCAAUGGCUAAUGGCAAAACCGAAUCACAUUAAAAAAUAUGCUCAACUUUAUAUUGACCAAGGAUUUGAUGUGAUGUCGGUGAGUGUUACACCGUGGCAAGUUAUGUGGCCAACAAAAGGAACACAGCUGGUUGCCGCCGAUGUUGUCAAAUUUCUAGCAAAUAAUGUGAGCACAAAAAAUCCGGUGCUGUUGCAUGGCUUUUCGGUUGGCGCUUAUUUCUGGGGCGAAUGCAUGGUUCACAUGUCACGGGACAUUGAACGAUAUCGACAUGUAUUAGAUAAUAUUCAAGGACAAGUAUGGGAUAGUGCGGUUGAAUUGUCAGAGCUCACUAUUGGUGUACCAAAAGCCGUAUUCCCUAAAAAUGACACCCUAGAACGUGCAUUGAAGAAUUAUUUGAUAUAUCAUUUGAAGACAUUCCACGAACCGGCCACAUCGCAUUACAUCCGCUCGAGCCAAAUGUUUCACAGCACUUUGGUGAAGAAGCCAGCUCUCUUUUUGUUAUCACACAAGGAUCCAAUCGGUUCGGUAAACUCGAAUUUGGCUGUAAGAAACUCAUGGGAAUCGCUUGGUAUACGCUGCGAUUGGAAGUGCUGGGAUAAAUCAUCGCAUGUGGCUCAUUUCCAACGAUAUCGUGAUGAUUACAUUAACAUAUUGUAUGACUAUCUUCAGUCGGUUAAUAUGAUUCAAAGAGAGCAAGAAGUAAUGCGUGCCCGCAUUUAAAACAUCUUUAAUUUUUUACAGAAUUAAUUUUCUUUUAUAAGCACUAUCAUACACAUUAUUUUUGUUUUGUUUUUCGGACAUUUUUCCGAAAUUUUUAUUAACUUUUU